CUUACAGGCCGCUAGCUAUGACAGGACAGGCGAGGUUAAAAAUCACUGGCGAUCGAGCCCCGAGUCUCCUGCCCCGGGUCGACAGCGUUUGGGUGCGCACAGCAGCCGCCCGCCACUACAGCCGCCCACACUUGCAUCCUCUGCGUCGUGCCACUGGACACGGCGUCGGAGCCUAGCGGCUAGGCUAGACGGCGCAGACCUCUAUAACGCACGUGCUUUGCGCACAGCUUAGAGCUAAGCCGCCUAGCCACCACGAUGCUGCGGAUAAGCACCAUAAACAACCACACCUAUACGUCGCCGCGGCCACCGGGCGGGCAAAUACACGAUGCCGCGCUGGAUGCCAUCCCAGGCACGUUGCGAGAGAGACUGGAGCUUGGCGACUCGCCGAACGUAGUAGGUCCAGUCAAGGAUUGGCGGCCCCUCCACUAUCUGUUACGCGAGGGCGACAAAAUGGAAGCUCGGCUCACCUGCUUACUUAUUCUCCUUGAAGCGGGAGCAGAUAUUGAUGCGCCGGACGUGGACGACAUGACACCGCUCGACCACGCUGCCGAGUCUUGCCACGUGAACGUGGUCGCCGCUCUACUCGAAGCCGGUGCCGACGUAAACAGAGGCGGUGAAUACAAUGUUACGCCUCUUCACCACGCAUGUGAACGUCAUUUUGAUUCUGACGUCGCGCCUGCAAAAGUGCUCAUCAGAAAUGGUGCCACGGUCGACGCGCGAGACAGGUGGGGCCAAGCGCCCCUCGACUACGCUAUUCGACAUCUACAGGUCAAGUCCAGGCGCCGCCGCCACAUCCUCCCGAUCCUCCUCCGCGCCGGCGCCGCCCUCCCCGCAGAAUCGGACGACGCGUACAUCCGGAAAGUGAUCGCGGCGGGCAACAUCGGCCGCUACGAGCGCAUCCACCUCAACGACCUCGGAGCGAUCUUCGUACCGAAGUUCGCCCACCUCCUCCCGCCGGAGAUGGUCCGCCGCGUCGUCGAGUACGCCUUUCACGUUGGGGAUUACUGAGUAAACAAGCACACGAAAAUGGAAGGAUGGUUUGAAGCAUUCCUAAACGAGACGUUCAGUCCAGAGUUGUCAGACUCCAUGGCGAGGAACAUGAAAUGACCCUCGUAGCAGCUACGCAACGCCUCUGUUCGAGCUAGAGCCCUUCGAAGAAGCCAAGGGUGUGCUACGAAAGACAUUUCCUGCGGCGCAGCGCGUUCUCGGUGGUGACCAUGAGGACACGCUCGGUCCUGAUGAAAGAUGUUUACGCGAGGGCGCU